UGCCCUAUUGCAUGGAAAAUUAAAAUACUUUGGAAAAAAUUUCAAAUUCUUUUUAAAAUUCUCAAACUAUUCUCUUACCAAAUUUGCCGAGAAUAAGAAAAUAACUAAAAAGCUCGAAGCAGUCGAAAAUAUGCUGCGUACAACUGGGAAUCUUUCUUUCCAGUCCCAAAUCUUUAGGCAAUUGCCUUUAAUGCGUUCCCUUGCUGCCGGUGCCCCUAAACCAUCCAAAUGUCCUGUGCCACCUAAAAUGUUAGAAUUGCAAAAGAAAUUCCAGCAGAAAAACAAUCUGCCCAUACAUUUGAAAGGAGGGGCUAAGGACAAAUUAUUGUAUCUCACCACUAUGGGCUUGACGGGCGGCGGUCUACUCUAUACCUUGGUGUUUUUGGCAGGCUAUAUUAUAAAUGAUUGAAAAUUGGUCGAAUAUAAAUCUUAAAAAAAUAA